AUGAAGAUCGCGACCGUGUUGACAUUUGCUGCCAUCGCCGCGUCGCAUGUUGCUGCGGAAACCCAAUCCACAGGCAGCGCCGCGCGCGGCGAAACGCCGACGACAACUGAGUACACCUCGAUUGAGUUGACGCCUUCGACAAAGUGCCCGCCACUUCCCGUGCACGGCGACGCCUACAACGGCGAGCCCGACGACGACCGCUUCGCCUACGACGGUGAGCCCGACGACAACCGCAUCGCCUACGACGGUGAGCCCGACGACAACCGCGACUCCUUCGACUGGUCGCCCCACGACUGCGGGCCCGACGACCGCUGUGCCGACAACCCAAACGCCGUGUGCUACUAA